UGGACGUAGAGCAGAAGAAACAUCAGUGGAUUCCAAAUCUUGUGACCAGCUGCCACCAACUGCACUGCACUGCACUUUCUCCACCACUCUCCUCUGGAUCUCUGAGCUGCUCAGACUCUUCAUCUCUCUCUUUCUCAAACACACACUCACUCACACACUCGUAUCUCCGUGAGCCUCCUGCUCCUGUGGCUGUAACUCUGGUCAGUCACCGGCACUCCUGUCACAGCAUGCAGCUCCUGGUGGUGUUAGCAGCUCUCAUGGGGGUUCUGUUCAGCGUUAGAGCAGCCACCUUGCUUCCCUUGGAGGAUAGGGGCUCCAUCCAUGUGAGCAGGGAGCUGAGCAAAGAGCGCAAGGAGCUGAUCCUGAAGCUGGUGUCAGGCUUGUUGGAUGGAGCUCUGGACACCAACAUGCUGCCGGGGGAAGCAGCACCUGUGGAGCUUGAGGAGCCGCUGGAGUCUCGUCUGGAGGAGAGGGCGGUCUACAACAGGCUAUCAUUGCCUCAGCGUGACCGCAAAGCCCCCUGUAAAAACUUCUUCUGGAAAACGUUCACCUCCUGCUAACAGUGCUCUGCCCGCCUACUGUGCUCCUUCUCCCUGCCAGCUCCUCAUGAACUGUAGUAGACCUCAGCUGUACAUAUCAUCUACACCUGUCAGACAUCGAUGGACUUCACUGACACAAUGUGUCUGUUUAAAUAUUAAUUAUAUACGUAUCUUUUUAUGUGUACAAUAUAUGUAUUUAUGUAUGUAGCCGUUUCUUUAAGGGUCAACAAUAAAGCAUGGAUAUAUAACGUUUGAGAUGGUGAUCACAGUUAAGUGCUUUUGUAAAUUGUUCAAAAAAAGAUAAGGUCAUAUUUUCCACCUGCUUCAACAAUAUAAAUGCAAUGUCCAAAUUCA